CGUCACCUCAGCGACUGCAUCGGCAUCGGCAUCGGCCAUUCCGACUACUACUCGAUCAAACGUCUCCAUGCUGAAGGAGCGUUGCCUUCAAAUCAAGCUCCACUAACUCGCCUGAGGCUAUACCAGCUCGAGCUCCGUUUGCGCUACCGAAAUACCAGUAUAUCUGCUUUCAGUGUCUGGACCUAGACGGUCCUGUUGCUCCGCAUCAUGACGGCCGGCCUCAAGACUAUUAUCGCACUGUCGUUCGUCCUUGCCAUUGGCUUCCUACUCGUCAUUCUUUCCUCGGCACUUUGGCACAACUUCUUACCGUUGAUUGUUGUUGCAACCUACGUUGUUGCUCCCCUACCCAACUGGAUCUGCUCACGAUGUGCGAACCCAGAUGAUUUUAUGGACAGCUCGGGAAAUGCUGCAGCUGAUUUCGGUCGUUUCUUUACGGGUUUCCUGGUCUUGAUGGGCAUUGCGCUCCCAGCUGUACUUGCGCAUAGCGGCGCGAUCCAAGUCCCGGCGAUGAUCAUGUCGAUUCUUGGCGGCCUUUUGAUUUAUGGAACAAUUAUCAGUUUCUCCAUGUUUUUCAAGGAGCAGGAGGAGUUUUGAGUCACCAUGGGUUUCAGCUAGUUAGGGUGAAGUCACUCAGAUGCGCUUGGUCGCAUCUGAUUUGCCAAUUUACCAGACCUACGAAUGCUACCUCCUAUUCACCGGGCCAUGGGUUCCUUUAUGAAACACCCCUUUGUUUUGACGUAUGGUGAGAGUCCUUCAUGUGAAAUUUGCCGCGAAUUUCAGCCUCUAGUUUACUUUUAUUCUGAUUGAAUGAUAUGAUUGAUGUACUAUAGCUGCUAUGAGGUUAUCUAGAGGUUUCAAGGGAGACCGUGGAGGUUUUGAGGUCCCUUACGGA